AUGGAGGUCCUUGCGAGUUCUUCUUUAUCCCCAAUUUUUACUAAGCACAAUCAUAUAAACCCUAAUUUCUCAAUCCAGGAGAAAUUGUGGGUAUCUCAAGCUAAGAACUUUAGAUAUGCUCGAAAUUGUAGAGACAAUUCAAGCUCGAGACUUGUGUUCGUCUGUAAUAGAUUUCUGUAUCUUCUCGAUAGAAAUGAUCAUAGGAAAUUUUCUGGGAAGGUUAUGAUGAAAUCUUCAGUCAAUUUCAGACAGAAUCUCUCCGUUGCUUUAGUUCGACUAGUCUCUGUUCUUCUUGUCUCUUCCAUUUCUGUUGUUACCACUGCUGAUUCACCAUCAUGGGGUCUUAGUGAAGAGAAUCUUCUAUUCUUAGAGGCUUGGAGAACAAUUGAUCGUGCUUAUAUCGAUAAAACCUUUAACGGACAAAGCUGGUUUCGUUACAGAGAGAAUGCUUUACGAAAUGAGCCGAUGAACACUCGAGAAGAGACUUACAUGGCUAUUAAGAAAAUGGUUGCAACACUAGAUGAUCCUUUUACUCGAUUCUUGGAGCCCGGAAAGUUUAAGAGUUUGCGGUCUGGAACUCAAGGAGCGGUCACGGGUGUUGGGUUAUCGAUAGGUUACCCCGCUGCAUCAAAUGAUUCACCCGGUGGGCUUGUUGUUAUAUCAGCUGCUCCAGGAGGUCCUGCAAAUAGGGCGGGAGUUUCUCCCGGAGAUGUUAUUCUAGGAAUUGACAAUACAACUACAGAAACUCUGACCAUUUACGAUGCUGCAGAGAUGUUGCAGGGACCUGAAGGAAGCGUAGUGGAGCUGGCAAUUCGCAGUGGACCUGAAACGAGAUUCUUAUCUUUGACGCGAGAGCGAGUUUCCGUGAAUCCAGUGAAGUCAAGAUUAUGUGAAAUUCCUGGUUCUGGGAGUAAUUCCCCUAAGAUUGGGUAUAUCAAGCUAACAACAUUCAAUCAAAAUGCUUCAGGUGCGGUAAAGGAAGCAAUUGAGACCUUGAGAGGCAACAAUGUAAAUGCAUUCGUCUUGGAUCUUCGAGAUAAUAGCGGAGGUUCUUUCCCUGAAGGAAUUGAGAUUGCUAAGAUUUGGUUAGAUAAAGGAGUGAUUGUGUAUAUUUGUGAUAGUCGUGGAGUUCGAGAUAUAUAUGAUACUGAUGGAAGCAAUGCUAUAGCAACCUCUGAGCCUCUUGCUGUUCUGGUUAACAAAGGCACCGCGAGUGCCAGCGAGAUAUUAGCGGGGGCCUUGAAAGAUAACAAACGGGCUCUGGUUUAUGGAGAACCGACUUACGGAAAAGGUAAGAUACAGUCGGUGUUUCAGCUCUCGGAUGGUUCGGGGUUAGCAGUAACAGUUGCUCGAUACGAAACACCAGCUCACACUGAUAUAGACAAGGUCGGUGUUACUCCUGAUCAUCCAUUGCCAAAGUCGUUUCCGAAAGAUGAAGAAGCGUUCUGUGGAUGCCUCAAGGAUCCUACCGCUGCUUGUUAUCUCAAUCAAGGCUUGCUUUUUUCUAAAUGA